UGUGUGAGUAUCGGCUCUCUGUGCGUAUGUAUGAGAGAGAGAGAGGGCGUGUGUGAAUACUUUAGGUUCUCCCUCAAACGCCGCCGAUUGCAUUCUUCUCUUGACGGGCGGCGAGGAGAGCGUCGAAGCGAGAGGCAAGGAGAGCAAGAGAGAUAUUAAGGCUGAAACUUCUCUGCAGACGCUCCUGAACAGACUCCUCCAUGCCCGAGCCGGGAGCUGCUCCGCGGCGAAGUCCGCAGGGAGUCCCCUACUCUGACCUGCCGCACAUCGUCAACGCAGACGGAUUGCACCUGUUCUGCCGCUACUGGGAACCCACCGGUCAGCCAAGGGCUCUGGUAUUUAUUGCCCAUGGAGCUGGGGAACAUUGUGGCCCAUAUGAUGAGAUGGCACAGAGACUGAAAGAACUCUCCUUGCUGGUAUUUGCACACGACCACGUUGGCCAUGGCCAGAGCGAAGGUGACAGGAUGAACAUUAAGGACUUUCAGAUUUAUAUCAGAGACUCCCUUCAGCACAUUGACCUGAUGAAGUCUCGCCACCCUGACCUACCUGUAUUUAUUGUAGGCCACUCCAUGGGUGGUGCUAUCUCAAUCCUGACAGCCUGUGAAAGACCUGGUGAUUUUGUUGGAGUGGUUCUGAUAGCUCCCCUGGUCCAGAUGAACCCGGAGUCAGCCACACCAUUCAAGGUUUUCAUGGCAAAACUGCUGAACCACAUGCUGCCCAGCCUCACUAUGGGCUCCAUCGAGUCCAAAUGGCUCUCACGGGACAAGAGGCAGGUGGAGGCAUAUGACGCUGAUGAGCUAAACUAUCACGGCGGGAUGCGAGUAUCAUUCGGCAUGCAGCUGAUGGCGGCAGUGGAGCGUAUGCAGAGGGAGAUCCCGUCCAUCAGCUGGCCCUUCCUGCUCCUUCACGGUGACGCCGACAAACUCUGUGACAUCAGAGGCUCCAGGAUGAUGUAUGACAAUUCACUGAGUACAGACAAGAAAAUCAAGAUCUACGAAGGAGGCUACCACGCUCUUCACCAUGACCUCCCUGAGGUGGCUGAGUCCGUGCUAAAGGAGCUGACCACCUGGAUCACAGAGCACAUCCCAGCUGCAACAUCGCAGGAAGCGCAAGGCUCCUAAAUGUAUGGCCUGCACACCUCUGUUGAAGCUCUGAGGAAACUGCCAAUCUCGUCAUAAAACGCCUGCUCACGUUCCUGUAGUGCGUCAGGCAUAAUAAUACUACUGCACUUUCCUGUCUGGGAGUUAUUUGGGCAUACUGAUGGACAUUAUAGUCUCUGUAUAACAGGUUUAUUAGCAAAUCCUCUGGGCUACUGUAAAAAAAAAAACACACACACACACUCUUCCUCCUAUCUGUACAUCAGGCCACUGAUAUAAAUUGGGCAAUAGGGUCAGUUCUUAUUGUAAAUACUCUGUAGCAAUGGUCAGCAUCAUGGCAAAAUUUCUGAUCAGGGAUGUGCCUCAUGUGUUUAUAUGCUUCACAUCAUCUCCACUGAACUGCUCGUGUGCAGCUUUUAGAGAGUAAAGACUGUCACAAACUUUACUCCCUAAAAGCAAGGGUUCGAAGUGCAAUAAUGGGUAUGGCCUUUCAUUUUCUCUUUUUAUAAACAGGCCAGAUCUUUUAAAUAUUAAUAACAGAGGCAGCAGAAUACAGAAGCAUUUCUUUCUGCCUCAACUACCAUUAACAGACUGGGUUAGAGGUCAGGAACAGAAGGAGGUUGGCACCUUUGGAGCUGUUGUCGGUUCAGGGAUGCAUGAAUACUUAAUAGAUAACUUAUCAUUUAGCGACACUGAAUAGCCAUCUUAAAGUCUCCUUAGUUUACUCCACCAUACUCUCUGACCUUAUCCCAUCUCCUCUUCCUCUCCUGCCUCCUCACUGACUGCGCUGUUUUGUAAUAUCACAUUUCUGAUAAAGGCAGCUUUUAUAGAGUUGAUCAGAAGCAUAUACUGAAAGCACUCUAUAUGUAAUAGUCUUCUCCUGACUUCCUCUUUGCUUGAUCUGAGGACAGAUGGUUAGCCUAAAGACAGAUGGUUGACAGUGAUACAUCAUAUGAGGAUAAGGUACUGUAGUCAGUCUAAAUCCAGAUGAUGAUCUAGCUUCAUAAAUUUUGUCCUAAUGACGAUAUAAGUACUUCUUAUCUGCCUAACUGAGUGACCGAUUAUUAAAAUAGUUUUCCACAUAGGUGCUAUAUAUGCGAUCCUAGUCAAGAGUGUAAGAUGGGGCUAAAUUAUUCAGAUGAAACUGCUUUGAAUCGCUCUGCAGGUGGGAGGUCAAAGGUGAAGUGUUCUCUGACCUUUAUGGCCGUAGUCGAGCUCACUGUCAGUUGUUCACUGAGGCCAAGCCUUGAUUGAUUAAGUUCAGGCUGCAAACUGGGGGGCCCAGCUAUAAAGUGAAAGGGGAACAUGACAUGACUUUAUUCCAGGAAGCAGCCAGUCUGGCUUCGUUUUUUUUUCAAUCUUGUUCUGUAAAACUAACCUUUGAUGUUCUUAAAGUAUAGGGACAUCAAAGGUGAGGACAAGGGGCCGUUCAAAGGGUUAGCAUUUAAAAUCAGCUCUUGCUCGAUGUGGGUUUUCAGCUGAACCACAGCAAUAAUGUCAAAGUAGCCUACAUUUGUGGUUUGUCAGUAAUUAUAAACUAGACAGACACGCUCUGAACUACCUAUUUGAUAGUGUCGUGUAGACUGUAAUUACUGGUCACAUACACUUAGCUUUUACCUGUUCGUCAAGCACAAUGAGGUUUCAGAUUAUUAAACGUGCACCGCUCACAACUUGGAAAGCAAUUAGGGUCUUUUGUGGUGCUUAAUUUUUGACACCAGACAUCCGUGAUACCGCUUUUAGUGACUCGUUCUGUGGUGAACACAUCCAGUAAGCAGUUCUUUGAUAGAGAUUCAACUGGCCAGCCUGUUUUCUUUUUUUUUCUUUUUUCGGUAUUACCCGGAGUUCAAAGAGACUCAUGCACAUAGUGAAGGGGGAAGCUUGCUGCUGUAACCACGGUGACCGUUACUCUUGUUUAGUCAUAGCAGCAGCAGUGUGGCAGAAGAGUCCUUUUUUUCUUUUUGACAUGUGUUGUCACCACGGUGACCACUAAAAGACUGACAGAAUGAGAGCAAUUUCUGGCCUCUCUGUCUUUAUGUCUCUUCCCUUCACCCCGCCUUGUCUCACCCAUACUAUUUUUUCUUUGUUUGUUUGUUUAUUUUUUAGCCACAGUAACCGGUGCUCUUUGUUCCAUCCAUCAUGCAAGCCUUUGUUCUACUACAUACUCAAACAUUGUGUACCCUCAGCCACCCACACUGUCCCUAGUGGCCAAUUAUCAGAGCUGCAACAGGUUAUAUUGUAAAGUGUUCAGAUACUAUUUUUAUUCUUUUUUUCUGAUUCUUGGACCAUAUGGCUGAGACCAAGGGUGCUAGAUGUAGGUGGGAGGAAGGGGCCAUUAAAUCUUUUUUCUUUCUUCAGCUUCUUCUUUAGGUGAGCUGGUGUGCUUUAAAUCAGAAAAUGGGUUUCUGCAACAUUAACCAACAAGAAAGACUUUUACAUCGCAGCAAAACAAUCAGAAGGAGCAAUUUAAAAUGUCAUAUUAAAGACAUUUUAGUCUGACGUUGUUUUGCUCCCAGUAUGAAAAGAUUACAUAAAAUGACUGAUGAUGAGGGAAAAGGCUCUAUUAUCAGGACUGGCUUAGGCAGUAGACCAUGUGGUUUUUUUUGGGAGGGGGUUGUGGGAAGGAGAGGUUAUCAUAAGGUCAGUAGUUUGACUUCCAGGUCUGAUAUCUUUAAGAGCUUUUUGCCCACCUGCUUUGAAAUAAGUCAAGCGUGACACAUACUUUAACUUUAAAUGUGACCUGAAGUCGCUUACUUACAAACGUUGAUGUGGCUUCUUCUUCUAUUAACAUCUUUCCUGGUGUUUUCAGACUGAACUGCGUCAGCUGUAUUAUCGAGUUGCAUUAGAAAAUAAAAUAAUUAAUCGUUAUCGGCAGAGUGCUUUCCAUAAUGUGAAAAAAAUAGCAUUGAAUACAAAAUACAACAUGAGACAUGAAAGCAAACAAAUCAGUGUAGAAGAGGGAAUAAAUAGAAGGAACUUCAGGAUGUAAGUGCAUCCUCUUCUCUAUUUUUACAGACGUCAAAAAAUACUUUGCCAGAACAAAUAUUGGAUUACUUUGCAGCGGGUGCAGACAUAGAUGGAGAUGUAAAUGUAUUCAUCAGUCCCGAUGGGAGUCAGACCCUUAACCUCAACUGAACUGCAGGGGUUUUUAUCACCAGCCCUUCAAACACAAUCUGCUCCUGAUUAGGCUGCAGCAGGAACAGCGCACACAAGUGUCGCGCGGUCCCAGUUUUAUUCAAACUCAUAAUAGCACCCCUGCUGCAACGCAUCAGCGCGAUUGUUUCAGCCUCACAGGAUCCUGCGUAAUUUCAAAAAGCUGUACCUGUCAGACUACAUGAGUGCAUAAUACUGCUGUCGCUGGCUACGGGGGUGGAGAGAGAUGGAGAUAUGGUGAGAGGGGAAGAGAAAGAAAAAGGAGAGGAGAGAAGCUGUCAGUAACCAUGGCAGCACUGUUUUUUUGUUUUUUUCAGAGUAAAAAUGUGGAUUCAUUAAUGCUACAGGAAGUGUGCCAGACGUUUGUGUGCUUUCAGGGCCGGUUGUCCAUUUGCUGCUCUGAGGAUUCCCUUUUGUGUGAGCACUGAGAUAAGAGAGCAAAUAAUUAGCAUCAUCAGCUCACAGUGAUAAGAGCUGCGCACACUCAGUGAAUUUGGAAAAAAAAAGACUGUCUAGUCUGCUGUUUGGUCCAAAAACAUACUAUUCCCAUUGAAUGAUUUCGAAGACAUAACAAGGCCUUUUAUCACAUAGGUUUGUGCAUUUUCCCUAUGGAAGCAAAACCUUUUCACUGGAUUUUAGUCCUUUCUUAAUAAAGUGUAGUCCCCUUAUAUUGUCUUUACAUCUUGUGAAGGCUUGUAAGCCAUCACAUGCUCCCUUUUCCCUGAUAUGUAUCCUUACAAGCAUGGAGUGAGAGAAGGAAUGCCAUAAAUGUGCACAUAUAUUACUCUAUUAAUAAAUGAUAAUCCACUUGACUGUUAAGGUUCUUCAGUUUUUAGGCUUAGGAAGUUGAAAUUAAAGUAGAGAAAAGAAUGAGGGCAGGAAACCACUCAAUCUAAUUUGGCUGCAGCUUUCAUAAAGAAAUGUGUCACAGCUGGCCUACAGGGUGAUGUAAUUAGGCCACUUCAGUUUAAUGUUUGUCAUUUUUUUAUUUCGACUGUAUGACUGUUUCUAAGAGAAGAGCUGUUUUAUGCUAAUAAGCCUGAGGUGCAAAGGCCAGUCUUUAUGUAGUUUUAUAAGAUUAAAGUGCACUUGAAAGAUUCAGUUCGCAUGAAUGGGCCUCUGGAGUGAAUGCUGAAGAAAGCAGCAAGAAUUGAAGGGGUCGUCUUCCAAAGUGAAUGUAAAUCCAGGAAAACGGUUUUAUCUUAUUGUCGUAAUCAUGUGUGUAGAAACAAAAACAGAUGCUCCAGGUUGUUAACACGUAAACCUUUAAAUGUUUGAAUCGUCAUAACUGUGUUUUGGAGCAACGCCCCAGCUCAAAUCUUGCUGUUCUAACCGACAGUUUUGACAAACUUGAUUUGUUUCCAGCCGUCACGCUGCUUGGUUGCUGAACACAAUUGUAAUACUCUGUACAUAGAAAUGCUAAUGAAGAAAUGAAGACUACAUUGUAUUUUACAUAUCUUUUAUUUAUCUUGUAUUUAUAGAAAUUCAUUUAAUGUAUAGGCAUCAAAGUACUGAUAACACAUCACGACAAGGCACUUUUUUUAUACCACAAUCCAAUCGCUCAUUGAGUUUCCCAUCUAUUCAAGACUUCAUAACACUUUUGUUGUUAUGGAAACUGGUUGACGGUUGUAUGUUUGUACAGUUAAGCAACCCAGAAAAUGUAUGGCAGUGUUUCUGAAAAGACACUGUCUACUGAAGUUCAUGUCUUGAAAAACGUCACACACUGUCUUUGUCAAAGAUUUUUGUUUAAACUUCCAGAUUUUAAUUUGACUUUUCUUUUUUGCUCUUUUUAAAAUAUAUAUAUAUAUAUUUUUAAAAAAUGAUUAACAACCAAAGGGUGUUACUGCUAAAGGUUUGUUGCCUUGUACUUCUUUAUCAAAUUAGAUUUUCAGGAAGUUGUUUUCUCAUUUUGAUCUUUAUCUAAGGUGAAAUAAACAUGAGUGCAAAACAUUUACGUAACACCUGCAAUUUAUACACCACGCAAACUACUGAAAGAAAAAAACAAACAGUUAUCAGGUUUUCCAGCAGAUAAAAAAGCAACUCUAAUCAAUUUGGGGAAAUUUUUAAUUUCAUAUAAUUGAAGAGAUUUUUGUGACAAUAACUUUUGUACAUUUAUUUUUGAAUUGUAUUCUGGUUGUUGUCUGUGCCUUAUUAUGCUAAUGAAUGUGGUUUUAUGCUCACUUGUGAGUCUGUGAGUGUUUUCUGCACUUGAAGCAUCUGUUUCUCUGUUUACUCUUUUCUGAGUGCGUGUGUGUGAGUGUGUGUGGUCACGUCUGUUUCCAUUCCUGGUUGAGUAAUUGUGUCUUUCUGCUUAUCGUCUUCCUGUCUGUCUGUUUUCACUGAUGUCUGUCUAAAUUUCUGUCUUUAUCGUAGGUCUAAGCAGGUUGGGGUUUAAAACUGUUUCCGAGUCUUUCAGUACAGGCUCAGCUACAGCACAUAAAUACCUCCCAGAUUCUUUAAAGACCUGUUUUGUCUAAGCCAUUUAGAGAAAUGCAAUAUUUAACACAAAAAUUGAUGCAUUUGGCUUGCUAAUAUGGCAACAGUGUUGCUGGGUUGUCUUAAAGUUAUUUCUUUUUCCCAGUGGGACUCAACAGAAAAAACAGGAAGUUCAAUCAAUCACAUAAUAAUAAUAACAAUAAUAAUGAUACAAGGGUUUGUAAAACAACAGAAAUAACAUGCAGAUUUUUCCAUUCUGACCGCUGUGUAUUGAACGCCUACAUUAUUUAAGUGCUGUGAGGUUAAAAUUAUAACUCUAGAAAGUCUCACAGUUAUGUCGUCUGUCUUAGAGAGUCCAACAUUUACUUUAAUCUGUGUUUGUGUCAGUAUUUCAUUUUGAUUUUUAAGGGUGGCACGGUAGCCUUCUUGGUAGGAAAAGCUCUACAUCUUGAUAAGCUGAGGAAUUUUGGCACUGCGGACAAAAUUGUAAACACAAACCCUAACGUCAUCUUGGUAAUCGUGCAUUUGCAAUGUCAAAUCAAUCAAAUGGUUAGUGUUUAGAGACCAUACACCACAACCUACAAAAAAAAAGGAUUUGUUAUGUUUUUUUAUGACAAAACUUUAUUGAGUCUUCCUUAUUAAAUUUUUUUUCUCAGUUUAUGUAGUACUGGAUGUACUUUAUGUUAACAGUGUUGAUGUGAAAAAUAUGCCAGUUUUUAAACAUUUUCUACACCUCUAAAGACCGUAGUGCACACUUUCAUUUAAUAUCGUCCUAUACUUCUCAUACUUCGCACUGAUGCAUUAUAGUCACAUCAUAGGUUGAAUGUCAGCAUUUGACAUUUUACUUCAAAUCUGGCACAAAAUUGUAUAUAAUAUAUAAUAAUGGAAAUACUUCUGAAUGGCUGAAUGGCAACUUAUUUGUUACUAGACUGUUGAUAAUGUCCAUACUCUCUUACAGAAUAAAUGACUGUUUAACUGAA